UCUCCUGCUUCUCCUCCUACUUCUCUUUCGUCACACAGCGCAAACGUUCGUCUCGCACACGCGUGAUCACGAGCUGUUCAGCUCCAGCCUUAUUUCUAGCGGGUUGGCGGCACUGAUCGGAGCAAUACCCAAUUAUCCAGCAGUACCUGACUACUCGGAAAUCCCAGAAUAUCCCAGGUUGCUCUGCGGCGCUGUUUCAAGUUCGUCUUCGUUUUACUGUCAUCAUCACACCGACGAAAAUCGACAGUGAGAGAGAUUGAUUUACUUCGGUAUUUCUCUCGCAUAGUAGUUAUGUUUGACGACGGCAGCGGUGGCAGACGCGGUAGAGGUGCCGGCAGUUUAUUCCGUCGAGGAAUACGCAAGCCACACUGGCAACAGAGAACCGGCGACGGCAGCGAUGGUAGACGCGGUAGAAACGCCGGCAAUUUACUCCGUCGAGGAAUACUACGCAGGGCAUACUGGCCACAGAGAACCAACGGUGGCGUCAUACGAGGAUACAAUCGCCGUGUUAUUUUACGUGAUUCUCUGCCGUACACAAGGGAUGGUAUUGAACCAAUAGUCAGUGAUGUACAUGAUGCUGCCAAAAUUCCGUCACAAAGAAUAUUUAUAAUUGAUCCAAGCAUACAAGAGGACAUGAAUCAGUUCUUAGAAAAAUAUUUUUUAAUAUUUGAUGGCAAUGAUAGGGCAUAUUUACUAGAUGCAUAUGAAAAAUAUGCAUAUUUUAGUGUAACACUAUCCUCAUCUCGUAAUAACAAAUUAAAUAAGUAUCUCCGAGAAAGUCGGAAUCUAUUCAGAAUAAAUGACACAACCAGAAGACGGAAAUUAUUAAAACAGGGUAGAUUGCCUGUAGUUUCUUUUCUAUCGGAAUUGCCACGAACGAGACAUUUAUUGGACACCUUUACAAUGGACAUUUCUCUUGCUACACAAACGAUGAUAUUCAUUACGAUAACGGGCUACUUCCAAGAACUCGAUAAUAAAAACGAGCCCAUCCACUACUUUAACCGGACAUUCAUAAUUGUUUCGGAAGGUGAAGGAUACCGUAUUCGAAAUGAGCAGUUGCAUAUCGAUCAGACGCCUGAGACGCAAUCGAAGCAACUGCACCAGCGAUUGAGUCAGCUGAUUAAUCAACAAGCUCAACUAGCGACACAAGCGCUGAGAUCCAUAGAAGAGGCAAAACCGAUGGCAACGGAGCUCAACGAUGAUAUAAGACAGCAGAUGACAAUGACUUUGAGCCAGCAAACAAAUAUGAAUCUAGAAUGGAGUUUCAAAUGCUUGCAAGAGUUGCAGUGGAAUUACUGCAACGCCUUCUCCGCUUUUCAAAAAUAUUUUGCACAUGGACAAGUACCAUCAGAAGCAUUUAUUAAGUAAACACAUAAUGUAAAUAGAAAAUUCACCACUGUGAUAAUAGCUCGUAAUGAAAAUCUAUGAUCUAUAAAAUCUAUAAGUUUCUUGAAAUAAGAAAAUGUAUGAAUAUGAAUAAACAAAUUAUAUUGUAA